GGCUGAGACACAGUGUUACAGUGGAAGGUACAGUCUGUCUUAACAACAAUGUAAAGGCUACUCUUAUUCUUUUGUCUUAACGGCUCUUGAUAUCUUAAUGUAUAUUGUAUGAGCUGAACGUUAAGAGAUCAAGGACAUGUAUCCAUUUCUAUUCCCAUGUGUUUUGGUCUUAUUCAUCUCCAUUUGUAAAGGCCAACUGUGGAGCAGCUGCAACGUUGUGCCCAAAGAUCAGUACAUCGAAGUGGGCUCAAACACCACGGUCUUCUGCCAGACGUCGUGUGUCGGCGGCAGAAUCUUCUGGAUGCUGAACAACAUACGCGUCAAUGAAAGUCUGCCAAACACCGUCAACACCUCGCACGCAGUGCUGUCGCUGAGGAACUUCACCCUACACAGCGCAACACUGCAGUGCCACAGUGCCGACACUCAGCAAAUCCUCGGAGGCACCAUCAUCAAAACCUACUCAAAACCCAGCCAAAUACAGUGCAUCUUGCAUUACGUCAAUCAGUCAAAGGAAGGUAUACCGCAGCUGUUCACCUGCAACUGGGAGCACCAGAAUAAUUCUCCACUCAUGAUAAACUACACUGUGCUUGUCUCUUCAUCAAGUGUGUCCCAGAGGGAAAUCUGCCAUAACGCACGUGUCCAUACAUGUACGUCCAGAGAUAUACAUUUAUCAGGUGCAAUAUCUCUAAUGAGGAACAUUAGUGUCACAGUGAGAGCUAAAACUGCAGUGUGGGAAGCUGACUCCGACCCGUAUGAGUUUCAUCCCUAUAGAAUAUUGAAAAUGAUCCCUCCAAAGUUAAACGUCACGGUCAGGUCUGAUCAUCUGCUGAUCGAGUGGAGAAGGUCGCUCUCCUCGAGACGCUGUCACUGUCAAGUCAAAUACAACCAGAUUGUUAGUAGCAGAACUCCAGAGUUUGUGCUUAAUGAGACGCUGAGCCCUAAAAAGAACGGGAAAGUGUUUGUAAAAGUGGAAUCCUGCGGUCACUACAAGGUUUCAGUGCGCUGCGCUCUAGACGGCGCCCCCUGGAGCGACUGGAGCCAAGAGAGGACGGUUCUGACUGGACUUAAUAAGACUGAUGUCGAGCUAAACCUGUGGAGGAAGCUCACCAAGCCUGGAACAAAUGGAGUCAGGAAAGUUCAUGUCAUGUGGACGGGGAUUCCUUCAACGUGCCCGGGCACAUUUAUGUACAUUAUAAAGCAGAUCCCGUACAACGACACAGUGAGCGGAGUCAGUUUUGCAGAAACGUCCUGCAGCGAUUCACGGCGUUGCGAUGUUGACGUGAACCGAGACGCAAACAGGAUAAAUCUCACUGUCUUCUUUAAUGAAGCUGUGCUGGUCGAGGACUCUGUUUAUGUUCCAGCUGCUGCAGGAGAAAGCCUCUCUGAAGUUACUGAAAUCCAGACUUCGGCCAUCGGAGGUGUUAUUGUGGUCAGCUGGAAAGCUCCUGUCCAGCCUGUCCGAGGUUACAUGAUCGACUGGACCCACAACGGAAAUCAAUAUUAUUGGAUGGAAACUGAAUACACCAACAUGACACUUUCUGGCCUCCUUGAAAAGAAAAAAUACAGUGUCACGGUGACUCCCCUCUUUCCCGACAAGACGGGUCAUGGCUCAGAAGCUCUUCCCAUCUGCUCCUCAGUAGGAGAUCCAGAUAACGUCACCAUCGUCGCUGUUCACGCUUACGACAAAAGUGCUAACGUGAAAUGGAGCACCAAAUCGCAGGAGGAAUGCAGUGGCGCCAUUAUCAACUACACAAUCUUCUAUAGUUCUCAGGAAGGACCAAGUCUCAAUUUCACUGUCGAUGGCAAACAGCAGGGUGCGUUUCUGAAAGAUCUGAGACCGGACGUACAGUAUAGUGUUUAUGUGAGGGCCACAGCUUUGAGUGGAACCUCAGAAAGCAGCGAGAGGCUCUUUAAAACCAAGAAAUUCGAUCCGAGGCUCAGCACCGUACUCAGCGUGUCCGGAAGCAUCAUUAUCAUUCUUGUGCUGUCGCUCGGAUUGUGCUGCACUAUUCAGUGGAAGAAAUUCAAGGAGAAGCUGGUGCCCAACCCAGGCCACAGCUCUCUGGCCCUGUGGCCAUCAGCAGGUCAUCAGAAGGGGACGGUCCCCUUCCAGGCUUUCAGCGAUCCGUCUGCAAGCUUCUGUGACAGGGUUUACACCGAGGAAAUGCAGAUAAUGCCCAGCCCUCCACCAGGGACAGGAUGUCACGACGACCGGGCCAGCGAGCAGACCGAGGAACACACUGACCCAGCCACAGUUCUCGCACCAGAUGCACAGAAUGGUGGACCAGCUGAACCUGUGAAAACACAGCAUCUGUGCCCUGAGGAAUCCACAGAGUUACUGUCUUCAGAGGACAACACUUCCAGUCCAUAUCGAAGUCAGAGCACCAGGGAAUCUCCUGCCCCGAGGACAAGUAAACAAUGUAAGCUCGUUCCAGUGAAACAGGAAGACAAACUGGCACCGGUGACUGUGUAUGUCACUCUGGAAAUGUAUGAACAAGACCAGGGUCGGUGAUGGAAACCUGCCAGGUUUCUUGUAUCUUUUGCUGAUCUGUAGUACAAAUGGAUUAACAUGUAGCAUGUAAAUGUGUGUAGAAAUGUGUGCCUCCAUGUUCUCUUCCUUUCCUUCAUCUAACACUAUACAUACUGUAUAUGUACAUAACAAAUUUAUUAGACCACCUGUCUUUCAAAAACUAAAGAUGUUAUUGCUAUUUAUUUGGCAAAUCACAAACUGAAUUCACCUUCUUACACACAAAUUAGAGCCAGUUCACUGGGCUUCUUCUCUGAGAAGUCAGAAACCAAUCAUUCAAUCACUAAAACAAAUUUUCCUGUUAAGCAGUGCAAGUAAAUAACUAUAAUUUGACAAGAAAUAAUCACAUGCUUUACAAACAGUACAUUUGAAAAUCCACGGAUAAUGAUAAUAAAUAUAUUUCAGCAUUAAAAAAACAUCAUUUCAGUUGAAUAGCUUCUACAUACGGGUGUGUUAAUCAUUACAGUAACAUUUAGGGCAGCUCUGGCUUUGGGUGGUGGUCUAAUAAAUUGGUUAAGCACUGCAUGUGAUGUAAAAAAAAAACAACCUUGUAUAUGCUAUUUACAUAAUAUAACGUGCACUUCUUAUUGUGGUGAUAAAAAAAAAGUUUUUAUUUUUGUACAGAAAAAUCACACAGGUGCCAACAUUGUGCAUCAGAGGCUGUGUACAGUUUGUAUUAUACUUUAUACCUCCACUUUAUGUUGUUUAUGAUAUAACAUACAAAUGUAAAUAGAGGAAAAGAUAUUUCAUUGUCAACACAUUAGCUAUGUAUUAUAAUAAUAUUCUCCCUUUGUUUCCUGUUUGUAGUAAAGUCGUUCAAAUGUUCAAAAAGUAUUGUUCUUCUUUUACAACAUAAAUUCAACUUAAAUCAGGUUGCUAGGAUUUUCUUACAAAACAAAACUGUACCAUAUCAUUACCAUGUACACUCAUCACCUCCCCUUCCUCUUCUCUAUAUCUUGGAAUUAUAGUAUUUGUAAGCAUUUCCUUAAACUGUACAAUAGUUCUGCUUCCUUUUGAUUUUUCAUUAUCCAAACUGUUCCACACAAUGAAAUGCACAUGCUCUCCAAA